AUGGCCUUGUGUACACACGAUCGGAUUAGCCGACGUGGGACAUUUGUUGCCGGAAAGUUUGUCUGCACAGCGAGCAUUUGUUCAAUGAAAAGGCAAAAAAAGUUUGUCCGAUGGAGUGCACACACUGUUCGAUCAAACAAACAAAAGUCUGAUCUUGUUUAUGGGCCUUAAUAGUCCCCUCUAAUCUGUAUAUGGUAGAACACAAUGCUGUCACACUAGUACUUGCAUUUCAGUGAAUGGAAUGCUGUCACACUAGUUCUUGUAUUUCAGUUUGAGCAAUGUAUAUCUUUGUCUGGUUAAGUCUUUGACAGUAUUACAGUAUUUAUGACAAGUACAUAAAGUCCAACAUAUUUGAAUUGAGUAAACACUCUUUGCUGAGAAUAGUAACCAGUUAACCACUCUUCUGUACCUCUGAAUGUCACAGACAUUGUUAGACUAUUUCACAGAACACUCGAAACCAAGAACAUCCAGAUAGAAUGACAGUUGUACUAACAUAUAAGAGUCUACUAGUUAUGGCUACUGUAUUUUGUCUUCUCUUAAGCCUGAUUUACAAUCAAAAAACGAAAAAGUGUUUAGAGACAGAGACACAUACACCUACAGUCAACAAAAUAGAAAAAGAAUCAGAAAUUCAGAAGCUGGUCAAUGAGAUAUUCAAUCAUAUAGAUCAGAAGAUGCCUAAAGUGACUUUUUCCCAUACCAACCACACAACAAGUGCCAAAAAGAGCAAAAUGUUCAUAAAAAGCCCCAAAGAAAAGUAUUGUGUUGGAGAAGAAUUAAUAGUACAAUUUGAUGCAUAUGAUCAUUUAGGCCAAAAGAAAGCCUAUGGGGGAGAUUAUCUGAGAGCAAUCAUUUCCAAUCCUGAUAUACAAGCGAGAUCUUCUGGAAGAAUUGAAGACUUUAAAAAUGGAACAUAUCAUGUUCAUUUCACCUUAUUUUGGGAAGGUAAAGUGGUGGUAACAUUGUUUUUAAUGCACCCAAGUGAAGCCGUUUCAGCCCUGUGGAAGUCACGAAAUAGCUGGUAUGGUAAUGUUGACUACUUGUGCAAAUUCACUAGUCCAGGCAAACAAGUAGACACCAAGUGUGGCUUCAAUCUCAAUAAAGAAGAAGAACUGUGCGAGUAUAUAGAUGAGAGAGAUGAGGAAUACUUCUACUCUAUCAGACCCCAGAAUUUCAGUUGUGAUUCAUUGACUGGAUUCAUGAACUGGAAGACACAGGCUACCCAACUAUCUCCACUGGAAAACAGCCUGCUUGUCAGGUCAAAUGUCAGAUUGGAAAUUCCACAGCAAAUUCCUGAGAUUAUUGUAUCUCGGUGUAAGGAUUCAAGUUUAGAGACAAAAGAAAAAUGCAAACCGGGAGUGAAAUUAGAAUACCCCAGUGGAUAUGUUAUGAACAAUAUCUGGUACCCGAAGACUUGCAACAUGCAGACCUACCAUGAAGUAGAACAACUAAAUGCUUGCAUGAAGGGAAGGUUCUUCUAUAUGUUUGGGGACUCAACCAUGCAUCAGCUGGUAAAUUAUUUUGAAAUGAAGUUGAAAAACAUAAAAUUUCUCAAUGUCCAUGAAGAACACUGGUCACAAAAGCAUUUAGGCAUUGACACUGAAAGAAAUAUCGUUGUUCUUUGGAAACGUCAUGCAAGGCCAUUUAUUCAUCUUGUAUUCACAACUCUCAAAGAGGAGCGAACUACCCCACGUGAAAUUGACUUGAUAGGAGGAAACCCAUAUACUGUGAUUAUUGUCAACAUUGGGGUACAUUUCAGAUUAUUUCCUGUGCAUCACUAUAUCAGGAGGCUGUACAAUAUCCGACGUGCCAUAGAGCGCCUGCUUCUUAGAAGCCCAGAAACGAAAGUUAUCGUCAAGACGGAGAAUACAAGUGAGAUGGCAGAAGAAUAUGAAUCAAUGAGUGAUUUCCAUGCAUAUGUUCACUAUUUCAUUAUGGAAAUUAUCUUUAAAGAUAUCAAUGUUGGUUUUAUACAUGGUUGGGACAUGACUACUGCAUUCAAUUACAAUCAGAUUCAUCCUCCAGAAGAAUAUGUGAGAAAUGAGAUCAACAUGCUGAUGACAUAUGCCUGUAGCUAACCUGUCAGAUAAAGAUUCGUCAUUGUAGUUUUAUUUUCCCAGUUUUGCAUCAUACUAGAGGUGAAACAGGAAUAUUAUUAGCUACUGUGCCACUUGGCAAAAUCUGAGCGGAAUGCUGGAAAUCACUGCCACCCUUUGCUGCCCAGCAUAUUUUCCUGUGUCAACCCAGCUCUAUGAUUUUGACCACACCCCCUGGAAAUACCUAUCAUUUCCUUAUUGCUUUUUUAGCAGUGGUAUUUGGGGCAAUUUACUAAAUGCAAAAAGACUUUUAACUUUGCAAGGGGAAUUGCACUUUGCAAGAGAAUAUGCCACAGAGCUUAGUGAUUCAGGUGAAGUUCUACUGAUUGCUAUAAUCUAAUUGUGGACAA